AUACUCUUACUAAAGUCGUCGAGAGAGAGAGAGUCUCUUUUCUCCUGUCAUCAAUAAAGUUGUUAGCUUUGCUGAAUUUGGGUGGAUCCGGAUAGAGAAGAAGGAGAAGGAGAGUCAUGGCAACAUUUGGAGGGACAACCCAGAAGUGUAAAGCAUGCGAUAAGACUGUCUACUUGGUUGAUCAACUCACUGCAGAUAAUAAAGUCUACCACAAAGCCUGUUUCAGAUGCCACCAUUGCAAGGGCACACUCAAGCUGAGUAACUAUUCCUCAUUUGAGGGUGUUUUGUAUUGCAAGCCCCACUUUGAUCAACUUUUUAAGAUGACUGGAAGCUUGGACAAAAGUUUUGAAGGAACUCCAAAAACUGUUAGAGUUGAUAGAUCUGCUGAUCAGAAUAACACUAACAGCAAAGUUUCAAGCAUGUUUGCUGGUACGCAAGACAAAUGUGUUGGUUGCAAGAAAACUGUGUAUCCAAUUGAGAAGGUGGCAGUUGAUGGAAAAUCAUACCACAAGGCUUGUUUCAGGUGCACCCAUGGUGGAUGCGUGAUCAGCCCAUCAAAUUACGUGGCACAUGAGCAUCGACUCUACUGUAGACACCACCACAACCAACUUUUCAAGGAGAAGGGAAACUUUAGCCAGCUUGACAAGCAUGAAGAUUCUAAAGAGGUGAUUGAGAACAAGGUAGCCGAGUAAUGUAGGUUGUGUGAUAACUUGGGAGAAAGGGUUUCUAUGAAGUUGAAUGCGUUAACGCAUGCUAGAAGAGCUACUAGGGCGUUCUUUCGUAUGUAAUAACUGUUUCAAAGUUUGAGCUUCUUGUUAUGUUUUUUAUUGUGAGUUUUUGUAUGUUUAGUUACUCGAGACUGGAGAGUUGUUUUGAAGGCUUUUUCAAGAAACCUGUGAGGUAAAACACAAGGAUAUUCUGUUUAUAAAUUUCAAGCUUGAUUGGUUCCAUAUGAGAUUAGUAGAGGAAUCCUUUUUUGUUUGUGCUA